AUGAAAUGAACACCUGAACACGUGAACACAUGAAACAUGAAUUGCGUCAUCAGUUGGACCUACGCUUGUUAUUUGUGUGUCUCGUGCAUGAACAACCUGUUGUGCAGAUCAUUUUCUCGAUUCACCAAUCUCUAGGAUGUUGGGGUAUAUCUGGCAGUAUUUCUAUUCCUCUUGUCUACGGUUCUGGGUGAAAUGGAUACUCAGGCUGGUGACGGGAACAUGUGAGCUACAGCGGAUCUGUGCCCAGUGCAGAGCUGGAGCGCUUAGGACAACACAAAUAGAGUAUUCCCUGAAGUCGUCCAAAAGCAAGGUUUUGCGAGCAGCUUUAUCUUUGAAGGAGAGCGAACUGGAAGACCAUCUUGCUCAAAUCAUUCGAGAAAAGAGAAUCAAAGAGCAGAAAGAUCCAACGUUUAAGCUGAAUUUUCGCCAAUGCCUUUUACAAAUAAACGGCUAUAAUGAGCUGUUUGAGGCAGUUGAGGAACUUCGAAAGGAGGUGUUUGACUCUGAUAAGGAGGAACAUGAGAACAUGCUCCUGAAGUUGUGGGACUUGUUAAUGCCGUCAGCCAAGUUGGAGUCGAGAGUAACUAAACAGUGGGGCAACAUCGGUUUCCAAGGUGAUGACCCGAAGACAGAUUUCAGAGGCAUGGGCAUGCUGGGCCUCACAAACCUUGUGUUUUUCAGCGAGACGUGCACCGAUGAAGCCCGUCAGGUUCUGUCACAUGCAAAUCACCCCACACUCGGGUAUUCAUAUGCAAUAGUGGGCAUUAAUCUGACUGAGAUGGCAUACAGCUUAAUGAAGAGUGGCGCUUUGAAGCCUCAUUUCUAUAACGCUGUAUCUGCAAAACCUCAAAUGCAGCACUUCCAUCAAUUCUACUGUUACCUGGCGUACGAGUUUGAUAAGUUCUGGUUGGAAGAGGAGCCAGAGAGCAUCAUGGAGUUCAAUCGCUACCGGGAGAAGUUUCACGACAAGGUCAAAGGGCAACUCCAGGAACCAGAGGUCACUCUAAUCAUGACUCCGGUCCCAAAGAAGUGAUUCCAGCAUUCCAACACUUCUUCAAAUACAGGAAUGAGAAUCAAACGAAAAGGAAACCUGAACAGUUGUUUUUGUUUUCUGUCAAUUUCCAAUUGACUCCAUUAAUAGUUUUUGAGUAGGGAAAUGUACAAUGUGCAUGAAAAAUGAAUUAAUAAUUCCACAACAAAAUACUGUAUAAACUGUACAUCAAAGGGGUUGAGCUGGCCUUUACAUAGUCGGGGAGAACAUUUCCACUGUGAAGGAUUACUAAUUCUAUCAUUUAGUGCAUUGAAAGUAACAUUUUAAACUCAAGUUCAUAGAUUGGCGUUCUCUAAACACUUGACCGUUUUGGUUGCGCGACUCCUGCUUCUCUUUGUAACGUUUACCCAUCUCAGGAAGUUUAUGAUCGUAAAAAUAGAUCAUUUUAGGAAGUUAUUUUUCCUAAGCCUCCUAAAUGUCUUUAUAUGCAGAGCAUUCAACCUCUUUGCAUGUUUAAGUUAUUAUAAACUCGACCCAUCAUUAUCUGUACAUUUUGUUGAUGUGGCCUAAAACCUGAGAGUUGUACAGUAUUUAAUAUCUAAUCAGAUUUGUUGUCUGUUCUGUUAAUGUUGUUCAGACCUCAACUCAAAUUCCAAAGUACAGCAUUGGUAUAGUAUGCACAAACCUUUAUGUAACACUCUGUCGUUGUCUUAUUUAAGCAGUGUUUGGUUUUGAAGAUGUAACUUUUUAUUCUCGAUGACCCGAUUAAUUUUAUAGCGUUGGAUUCAUACCUAAUGUUGAAGAAUAAAUGUAG